AUGUCUAUCCAAACAGCCAAUAUCAAAGUCAGCGAGGUGCCCUUGAGCCAGAUCAGGCGGCCCAUUCCUCCUGUGUUGGAUUAUCAGAAGAUCGAUGCGAUGGUAUCGACCUUGAACGGAGUGCCCAUGGCUUCUGCCACUUGCCCCAUCGAGGAGAUUCUGUCAGGUGAACUACCUCCAAUAGAUGUAUUUCGAGUGAGAGAGGAAGGAAAAGACUACUACUUUGCAUUUGGUGGGUGCCAUCGGUUCCAGGCAUACGACCGAAUCAACACCGAUGGAACUAAGGAAGUAAUGGUAAAGUGUAAGUUAUUACCUGCCACCAGGAAGACAUUGAAGUUGUACUUGGGAGGGUCAGUGGACGAGAUGUUUGCUGAUUUGGACAAGGAAAGGGAGACCUGA